AUGGCUCUCCAGUUGAGAAUGGUACUGGGAAGACAAGCAAUGGUUAUAAAAGGUCAGCUAAAGUUUGACUUUGUACCUUUAGGAUGGAUGGGAAAAAAGGAAAAUGAAGAGGAAUGGGAGCGUGCUUUGGCUGAUUUUGCUCGAAAAUAUGAAAAAGGACAGGCGAAUAUCCGCAAUAAGGAUGACCUUAUAAGGCAACUGACUAUAAAAAGGGAAAAGAAAUUGGAAACAUUACAUAGUAAGCGAAAGGAACAGCAGGCGGCGGACAGUUCCUACAGCAGUUCAGCUUACCCAUCAACUCCACCUCCACCGCAACCACCAUCAUGUAGCAAACGAGAAAUCUACACUAGUACCGAGUACUUCUCGUCAAUUGAUGAGGUAGCUAUACAUUGCGCUCGAAGUGAAAUGACUACGUUUACG